AUGGUCUCCCUUGCCACGACCUCACGCAAACCGGCGGUACAGGCCACACCCACGCUAUCUCGAUCCAAAAUGCUUCCGACUUCCUCCCCAGUCCCGAUUCUCAAAACCUCGAAAGCUCCUCCCGUGGUCGCCGGCUCGAAACGCAGAAUGAGCGAAAUGGACCUCCCCCCCUCCCCUUCCUCAUCCCAGGCCGAUGACGCGACCGAAGACCUUCCUCCCAAUAGGAAGCGACCCCGCGUCCAGUUUGAUCAAGAUGUGAUGGUACAUGAUGCUAGCUUGUCGGAGAAGAGUCUGGCAGUCAUUCGGGAAGAGGUCCGUGGGGCUAUCCACCGACAUGUCACAAUGUCAGAAAGUGAAGGCUACGACCGAAUCAAGGGAAUCUUUUCAGCCGAUCCAAAAAAGCAAGGCGACGACAGCCUGCUUGCAUAUGAAUCGCCAACGCACACCUCUUUGCGGAACUAUCUCCUUGGUCUGAUUUCCCAUGUUGCCUCAUUGGACCGCUCUUGCAGCGGGUUGGUCCAUGCGAUCAUCAACAGCGAGUGGCUUGGACGGGACGAAUCCUACGUCAAGCUGUACACCCGGUUCCUAGGCAACCUUGCUGCUGCACAUGGUACUUUCAUGGGUCCUGUCUUGAAGAUGUUGGCCACCAAUCUCGGGUCCCUCCCUCGAGGAACCGGUCGACUGCCCGGUUACGCCGUUGUUUCACAAUCCGAAAUGCACACUCGCGUCCACAUGGCAAUGCGCCACCUGCUACGACUCAUCCCGGCUGGUAGUGGAUCACUCUCCCCGAUUCUAUCUACUCAGUUCCCCAUCGACUCCGAUCUUGCUAGCGCGAACAUCGCCUACACCCGCAAUCUCAUUCAAAUCAUCACCUACGCCCCAGAGCUUCAGUCCGAUAUCCUCGCUCUGAUCACCGAGAAACUUGUCAAGGUCGACGUUGAAAUCCAGGUUGAUAUGGAGGACUUUGAAGAGGAUGUUGACGAUGAAAUCUUACAGACUGAUGAUCAGGAGAUUGAUGAUGAUGCUUCCUCGGUUGCCAGCGAUGAAUCAGAAGAUGAAGAUGACGACACCAAGGGGGCUAAAAAGAUCAAGGACAACAUUCUUAAAGUGGAUGGGAUGAUUGAUAUCCUCUUUGAAUACUUUUCUCCCCCAUUCACGUCGGGCACUCUGGACGAUAAGGAGAAUGCGUUGGAUCUCCUCCUCAGCCACUUCCAAACGAUCAUUCUUCCUACAUACCGAUCCCGUCACUCCCAAUUCCUCUUGUUCCAUUUCUCCCAGGUCUCCCCUGUCCUUGUCGACCGCUUUGCGUCCACAUUUGUGCAGCUUAUCUUCAACAAGUUACAGCCUGCCAUCCUUCGCCAAUCAGCAGCCGCAUACCUGGCCAGCUUUGUUGCACGUGGUGCCCACAUCUCUGGAGAAGUAGUCCGCGACGUUUUCGAUCUCCUCUUGACACACCUGAACAGCCUACGCAUGGACUACGAGGACAGCUGCCGUGGUCCAGAUCUGCGUCGCUACGGACCUUUCUACUCUACCGCGCAGGCUCUGCUGUAUAUCUUCUGUUUCCGGUGGCGCGAUCUUACAACUGCUGCCAUUGAUGGUGAUACUGCGGACCAGGUGGACGAGCUUGAGCCGGGCCAGAUCGUAUUCCCUCCCAACAUCAAAGAAUUCCUUCACAAAUGUAUCUAUUCACGACUGAACCCGCUCAAGGUCUGCUCCCCGGCCAUCGUCGCCGAGUUCGCUCGCAUCGCACAUCACUUCCAAUUCCUAUACAUCUAUCCUCUCCUUGAGACCAACAAGCGCAUUCGGGUCACUGCCUUCAGGAGCAUUUCCACUAUGUCUGACCCUCGCUUCAGCCACGUGGGCCGCGAGAUCCGCGCCGGUGAUAACAUCGGCUAUCAACUGGAUGCAUACUUCCCAUUCGAUCCCUACCAGCUUCCCCGCAGUCGUCGCUGGCUGGAGGGCGACUACGUCGAGUGGCGCGGCAUUCCAGGUCUCGACGACGCGAAUGAGUCAGACAGCGGAGCUGACGAGUCCGAUGAUGACUCCGGUGAGGAUGUCACUGAGACUGAUGAUGAGUGA